UUUUUUUUUUUUUUUUUUUUGUUUUGGUUUGUUUUGUUUUUUGCCCUUCCCUUCGUUUUUCUUUUCUUGAUUCUUGUCUUUUUUCUGAAGUUUAUUGAGGUUUACGUAGGUUGUCGUUGUCAGAUCUCCGCUUUUGAAGGUGAGGUUUGUUGGUUUGUUGGUUAAUCGAAUUGGUGGUGGUGAAAAAGCAGUUCAGUGAGGGUCAUGCAUGUUUGGGGAGUCCAGUAGGAAUUGAGGCUGUGUAUAGAUGGAAAUAGGCAUCAAUCACCUGAGGAGAAUGGCGAUUACGUGGCAAAAGAGAAUGAAUUUUGAAGAAUGGGGUUCUUUUUUAUUUUAUCUUAUUUUAUUUCUUUUAUUGUUUCAUUUUUUCCUUUCAUGUUUGAUAUUUGGGAUGCGUGUAUCGGAAGAUUAGCAGGGUGUCGG